UUUUUACACCCAUUUAUUUUUUUAGCUACAUCAAAAGAAUAUGUUGAGAUUUAUGCCAAAAGUCGUAAUCUCGAUCUGCACUACAAAUCAAUAAUGUCAGGCCAGAAAAAGAGGAAUCGAGGCUAUUAUUCAAGUUUGACCCUGGGUCAGAAAAAGUAUGAUUCUUAUCCUGCAUAUGCAGCUACUGCAGAGGAAGCUGAGGAAAUUGCUGCAAGUGUUGCUGUCCAAUCUAUUCAGAAAGACCAUUUGCAUUUGGAAUCAUGUCCCGAGACAACCAUUAGAAAUGCAGAAGAUGUUCAGAAACUAAUUUCUAGAAUUGAAGAGGUUGUGUGUGAAAAGCCAUCUGGUAUGUUUACAAAUGGAAUCGUCCACGAAUAUGAAAACAAUUAUCACGAGUCUCUUCCUGAAAAUUGGUUAAGCUUAUUGCAGCAGAGCAACAUUUUAGAAAUUGAGGAAUUGGAUGUGCCUUAUGGUAGAGUUCCUGAAGGAGUCAACUGUAUAGUCAGAAGAGCUAAUUCGUCUGGAAGCACAACCCCAUCCAGUUUAUCUGAGUUAGAGCAACGCUCUGAAUUUUCCAAUAAUGACAAUGCUGCACCACGUGCAAUUGUCCGCAGAGAUCAUUUGCCUGCCAUUCCUGAAUUAACGAUUCCUUUUGGCAACCAAUGGUUUGUUUAUGUUGUUGAUGUAUCUAAAACCAUUACGGCUCGACUCAUCGAAUAUGAUGAAGCCUUUAUGGAGUUUUUUAACAGCAUGAGAGCAUUUUAUUCUUCUGAGACUUUGCCGGCACAAGAAAUAAGUGAAGGUCUUCUUUAUGCUUCGUGUAUUGAUGAUAAUUAUCAAAGGGUACUUGCACAAAAUAUUAAAGAAACUGACAUGGUUGAGUGCUAUUAUGUAGAUGAAGGUGUAUUUGCUGAUGUGCCAAAAUCAUGUCUACAAGAAUUGCAUUCUGAUUUUUGGACAUUUCCAUAUCAAGCAAUACAUUUAACCUUAGAUGGCCUAGAAGAUUACCCUUACAAACCAGAUGAUUUAGAUUUUCUUCGUGAAAAGACUCUUGUGGCAUUAGUUAAAAGGUGGAGUACAACAGUCCUUCCCUAUUUUCCUGAUGAUCCUGCUGUACAUAAAAUAAUAUACUCUGUGGUGUUGUAUGAUACACAUACAUCUGACGAUGUGGAUUUGAAUGAAAUUGUAAAAGAAAAGAUGCUAGAGUCUCUUGUUGUGAAGCUUCCUAAGCUUUCCGUAUCUUCCGGUGGUUAUUAUUUAAGUCACGUUGAAGAUUCUGGUGAAAUUUACUUGAGAAAUAUAUCUGAUGAUAGCUGGCUGGAAGAACAACUUGAGAAGCUUUCGCCAUCUUUCGAGGAAUCUCGUUCAAAAGCUGAAACAAUACCCCAUGACAUGAUCUUUGCUGCUAAAUAUGAAGAUGGUUUAUGGUAUCGUGCUGUUCUUACACAAAAUCCUAGUUCCUCAAUAGAGGAAGACAAAGUUGAAGUCUAUUUCAUUGAUUAUGGAAACAAAAGUAUUGUUUCUAGUGAUGAAAUUUGCAAACUGCAACCUUUCAGUGAAUUUUUAUCUAUUGUUGGACCACAGGCCAUCAAAUGUGAGUUGUAUAGUGCUUUGCCAUCACCAGAUGCAGAAUGGACAUCUGAGGCAGUUUCUAAGCUAAUGGAAUUGGCUCCUAUUUCUGAAGAACUUCUUAUAAGAGUUAUAAAUGAAGGUAGUGGGACUACUCUUCCUCAAGUUAACUUGUAUAAACGUACUUACCAAAAUGGCGAUUCCUUCAUUAUAUCCAUCAAUGAAAGUCUUGCAAACAAACCUGAAUUAUUCAAAACAAGUCUCCCUACGCCCAAUUCAUCAGCAUUGGUUGAAAAUAUUAUCCCACCACCAGUUCCUAGGUCUGCCAAUUUAUCCAGAUCCACCUACUCAACCCGAAGCUCUUCUAGUCCAACUACACCUUCCAAUUUAACGAAUGACUUUAAAUGGGUGAUGACUCCUGAUAAUUUAAAAAGUCCUGAUGCAGUUGAUGCGCAUAAUCUGCAACCUCUCAAGCUUUCAGAAGUUCCAGACAUAGGCCAAAUAUUUGAUAUCUUUGUUACAAUGUCUGCAAAUCCAGACAUUUUUUACAUCCAGCCUUUAAUAACUAAUAAGGAGACAACUGAAUUAGGUAGUCAAAUGGAUCAGUUUUAUUCUUCAGAGGAUAACUUGAUUGAAAUGGAAUUGAGCCUGUUAAAAGUGAAUGAGUAUUAUGCUGUCAGACAUUCAGAUGGUCACUGGUAUCGAUCACAAUUGCAAUCUAUCAUAAGUGAUGAUCCUGUUCAGAUUCUUGUGAACUACGUGGAUUAUGGUGACCUUUUGACAGUGAAUAUGUCUCAACUUCAGAGCCUCUACUCCAAUUUUAGACAUUUGCCUUGCCAAGCAAUCAAAGCAUCUUUAGCUGGUAUUAAACCUGUAGAAAGGGAUUGGAGACCUCUUCACUGUGUCGAAUUUAAAAACAUGGUCGAGGAAAAAGUAUUUUCUUCAAUUGUGCGCAGAAAGACUUACCGAGAAUCUCGUGGUAACAAAGUGUUAGAACUAGAACUGACUCUAAUUGAUGUUAGUGUUCCCGGGGAAGAUGUGUACAUCCACGAGACUCUGAUAAAUAGGGGAAUCGCCAGGCCGGCUUAGAAUCAAAUAAAAUUCUAAAAACAUAGGACUUAUUAUUCAAAUUUUGUGAUAACUAGUUUCAUCUAACUUUUUUAUGAAUGCGAAAAUACAGAUCCGAUUUCAGGAUUUAACAGACUUUUUUCCAAUUAUGAUGGUUAUCAAUAACUUGAUAUGAAUACACAUUUUUUAUGAAGUGUAAAGAGAUUGUUCAAGAAGUGUUUUUGAUUCAGGUUUAUUUGUAUUAUAAUGUCUGUGAUAAUGUCUAAAGAAAAGAUGUUUGGAAAUGAGUUUCUGUCACAGAAAAAAAGAAAUGUGUUUUAAUAAAUGUUUUUUAAAGUAAUCUUUAAAGUUUAAAGAUUACUUAGUAUCUUAGAAAAUAUUAAAUGUUGGCUCUCUAAAUAGUUCUUUCAAAAUCAAAUACGUCAUUGCCUUGUGUAUAUAAUUUUUUUAAGGUUGUUUUUUUUUCUUUCUUUUUUUUUUCUUUGCUUUAGUCAGAUGCUUUUUUGAUGUUUACUGAAACCAGGGUUCAUGAUUUUAAGUUAAAUUUUUUUAAAUGUGAUUCAAAUUCAAAUGUUUAAAAUAAAUUGUCACAAUAUAUUUAAAAGUGUUCUGCUGCAGGAAAAAUAUAGCAAUAAAUAAUGCUUAUUUUAUAGCAAUAAAUAAUACAAUUUCUAUACUUCAUUUAAAUAAAUCAAUAUAAUUUAUUUAAAUGAAGUAUAGAAAUAUAUGAGUAUAUUCUAAGAAACGAGUUAAAGUAUGCAAAUUUUAAAUCCAAUUUAACAAGAAACUUUAAUUUUGAAACAAACUUAUGCUGUCUUAUGUAAGCACUGGAAUUUAAAAAAUAUCAAACAAAAUAAUUUUUAACUUUUCUUGAAGCUACAUUAGAAUAUCUUCAUAAAAUUUCAGAUUUAGAAAUUAAUUUUGCAUUCUGAAAAUACAGAAAACCUAAAAUUUUUCUGAUAUUGUUUCGUAAGUGCUCAAAUUUAUUAUACAUUAAUACAGACUAUAAAAAUCAAGAAUUUUUUUUUUAAGGGAGUUGAUUUAAAUCAGAAAACCCUGGUUGAAACAAUGAAGAAUUCUAAUUGUUUUAUUUGUUUGUCCUGUUAAUUGUACUGUAAGAUUUUAAAUUCUGAAAGGAAACUAAAUAAAUAUUUUACUAUUAA